CAGGCCGGCGGCGCGGAGGAAGGAGGAGGGAGGAGACGCCGCCUCGCGCCGGCGGCGCUGGCCUGAUUGGAGGAAUGGAUUUCACAGAGGCCUACUCAGACACGUGCUCUACCGUCGGACUAGCUGCCAGAGAGGGCAAUGUGAAAGUCUUAAGGAAGCUCCUCCAGAAAGGGCAUAGUGUGGAUAUUGCUGACAACAGGGGCUGGAUGCCUAUUCAUGAAGCAGCUUAUCACAACUCUGUCCAGUGUUUGCAGAUGUUAAUUCAUGCAGAUUCAUCUGAAAACUACAUUAAGACAAAGACGUUUGAAGGCUUCUGUGCAUUACAUCUUGCUGCCAGUCAGGGCCAUUGGAAAGUUGUCCAGAUACUUCUGGAAGCUGGGGCAGAUCCUAAUGUGACUACUUCAGAGGAGACCACGCCGCUGUUCUUAGCUGUUGGAAGCGGCCGGAUCGAGGUGCUCAAGCUGUUGCUUGAAGGUGGAGCAAAUGUCAGCGGAUCCCAUUCUCUGUGUGGGUGGAAUUCUUUGCACCAGGCUACUUUUCAGGAAAAUACUGAGAUGGUAAAGCUACUUCUUAAAAAAGGAGCCAACAAGGAAUGCCAGGAUGACUUUGGAAUUACGUCUUUAUUUGUGGCUGCACAGUACGGGAAGUUCGAAAGCUUGCGCUUACUUAUUUCAUCAGGUGCCAAUGUGAAUUGCCAAGCCUUGGACAAAGCCACUCCCUUGUUCAUUGCUUCCCAGGAGGGACACACCAGCUGUGUUGCACAGUUACUGUCCAGUGGGGCAGACCCCAAUCUGUACUGUAAUGAAGACAACUGGCAGCUUCCUAUUCAUGCAGCUGCACAGAUGGGCCAUGCAGAUAUCUUGGACUUGCUCAUUCCACUCACCGACCGAGCAUGCGACACGGAGCCGGACAAAGUCAGCCCUGUGUACUCCGCAGUGUUUGGGGGGCACCAGGAGUGUGUGGAGAAAUUGCUCUGCAGUGGUUACAGCCCCGAUGCACAGACGUGUCUAGUCUUUGGCUUCAGCUCUCCUCUGUGCAUGGCUUUCCAGAAGGAUUGUGAAUUCUUUGGAAUUGUGAAUAUUCUAUUGAAAUAUGGUGCCCUGUUGAAUGAACUGCAUUUGGCAUAUUGUCUGAAGUAUGAGAAGUUUUCAGUAUUUUGCUACUUUUUGAAGAAAGGCUGCCCACUAGAACCGUGGAAUCACAUAUCGGAAUUCAUGAGUCAUGCGGUCAAAGCACAGGACAAGUACAAAGAAUGGUUACCGUCUCUGUUGCUCGCUGGAUUUGACCCAUUGAAACUGCUGUGCAGUUCUUGGAUUGAUUCAGUCGCUGAGGACGUGCUCAUCUUCUCGCUGGAGUUCACGAAUUGGAGGGGACUCCCCCCAGAGGUUGAUAAGAUGCUCUCUGCUCGGGCCUCACGUUCCUCUGGGGCCCUUCAGCAGCACCUUGCCUCUAUUCCAUCCCUGAGCCACCUUUGUCGUUUGGAAAUUCGCUCCUGUCUAAAGCCCGAGCAUCUCCGAUCUGAUACAUUUGUUUCUCUGUUGCCGCUUCCGAGAAGCCUACACCAGUAUUUGCUCUAUUCAGAGGUCCUGAGAAGGAACGAGAUUCCAGAACCAGCAUUUCUUCAAGAUGGGGAGAUUGGUGAAGCUACUUAACAUAGUUUCUGAGAAUAACACCAAGACCAUGAGCCAUAGAGGACCACAUUUCUGAUUUUAUAGUCACCAAUAAAAGGGUUUUGAUUGGAGGAGUGGUAGGUUAGGUUUGCGGGUGUUAAUUUAAUAUGAAUGUUUACAACUUCCCGGCCCCUCAAAAAAACAUGUAGACCUCACUUAGACUACUUUAUUGCUGUUUCAUGCGUAGGGCAUUUUAUGUUAUAAUACCUUUUUACUAAACUG